AUGCCUUUUCCUUCUUUUUUUCUCAAUACCAAUAACGGCAAUAUUCCAUCGGAUACACCAAUUAUUGAGGCUUAUAUAAGCUGUCUACCAGAAGAAGCCAAAAGCAAAUUGAUAGAUGCUGGAUUGGAACGUUAUUUUCCUAUAAAAAAAACGCCGGCUUUUAAUUAUGCCUCAUUCUUACAAACUUUGAAUUACCGGCUUUUGCAGGAUGCAGUUAACGAA